UUCAGUGAAAAUGGAAAACUUACUGUACAUCAACGAACUCACACAGGGGAGAAACCAUUUAAAUGUAUGAAGUGUGGAAAGAGCUUCAUCUGUAGUUGGAAACUCACCGAGCACCAACAGAGUCACACCGGGGAGAAACCAUUUAAAUGUAAGGAUUGUGGGAAGGGUUUCAGUGAAGGUGCAAAACUGACAAUACAUCAACGAACUCAUAUAGGGGAGAAACCAUAUAAAUGUAUGGAGUGUGGGAAGGGUUUCAUUCAGUGUGGAGCUCUUACAACGCAUCUACGAACUCACACAGGAGAGAAACCCUUUAGAUGUAUGGUUUGUGGACAGAGCUUCAGUUACAAUGGAAUACUUACUGUACAUGAACGAACUCACACGGGUGAGAAACCAUUUAAAUGUAUGGAGUGUGGGAAGGGUUUCAUUGAGAGUGGAGCUCUUAGAAAACAUCAACGAACUCACACAGGGGAGAAACCAUAUAGAUGUUUGUAUUGUGGGAAGUGCUUCAGUCAGAGUGGAGCUCUUACAAGACAUAAACGAUCUCAUACAGGGGAGAAACCAUUUAAAUGUUUGGAGUGUGGAAAGAGCUUUAUUUGUAGUUGGAAACUCACUGUGCACCAACAUAGUCACACCGGAAAAACCAUUUAAAUGUAUGGAUUGUGGGAAGGGUUUCAGUGAAGGUGGACAACUUACAAGACAUCCACAAACACAUACAUGGGGGUAACCGUAUAAAUGUUUGGCGUGUGGAAAGAGCUUCAGUGCACCUUCAAAUUUGACCAUAUAUCUACAAACUCACAUGAGAGAAACCUGUAGUGUGUGCAUAGAGCUUCAGUCACAAUGGAAUACAGUGGUACCUCAGGUUAAGAACUUAAUUCGUUUUGGAGGUCUGUUCUUAACCUGAAACUGUUCUUAACCUGAGGUACCAC